AUGGACAGCGCCCAUGAGCCGACGCAGGGGCGCUUGGACGCCGCUGGCUUCUGGCAGGUCUGGCAGCGCUUUGACGUGGAGGAAAAAGGUUACAUAGACGAGAAGGAGCUUGAUGCUUUCUUUUACCACAUGUUGACAAAACUGGGUGUUGAUGAUGUGGUCAAAGAAGAAAAUGCACAGAAGAUGAAACAAUUUAUGGCUGCCCAAGAUGUCCCUAAAGAUGGUUGCAUAUGGAUGAAAGAGCUUGCCGGCAUGUUCUUAUCUGAGGAUGAAAACUUUCUUCUGCUCUUUCGCCAGGAAACCCCCUUGGACAACAGUGUGGAGUUUAUGCGGAUUUGGCGCAAAUACGAUGCUGACAGCAGUGGCUUUAUAUCAGCUGCUGAACUUUGUAACUUCCUCCGAGACCUCUUCCUCCACCACAAAAAGGCCAUUUCAGAGGCUAAGCUGGAAGAAUAUACUGGCACCAUGAUGAAGAUCUUUGACAAAAAUAAAGAUGGCCGGUUGGAUCUUAAUGACUUGGCAAGGAUUCUGGCUCUUCAGGAAAAUUUCCUUCUCCAAUUUAAAAUGGAUGCUUGUUCCACUGAAGAAAGAAAAAGGGACUUUGAGAAAAUCUUUGCUCACUAUGAUGUUAGUAAAACUGGAGCCCUAGAAGGACCAGAAGUGGAUGGGUUUGUCAAAGACAUGAUGGAGCUUGUCCAGCCCAGCAUCAGAGGGGUGGACCUUGAUAAGUUUCGGGAGAUUCUUUUGCGCCACUGUGACGUGAACAAGGAUGGAAAAAUUCAGAAGUCUGAGCUGGCUUUGUGUCUUGGGCUGAAAAUCAACCCCUAA